AUGCUCGGCAAGCGUUGCGCAUCGGAAAUGGAGGCCUGCCUCACUGAGUACUACCGCCAGGAAUGCCUGCGUGCCUUGUACGCUAAGCAGGAGCGCCCACGUGACUGUGCUUGGGUGAGCAAGGAUAUGAUGGCCAAAGCUCCACGUCGUGCGCGCAAGGGAGUCUCGUUCGCCAUGGCUCCAGAGAUCAUCGGCAGCGCCGACCCCACCGUGGACCGAAGCCCCAUUGACGUGUCCCCGAUCUCCAAGCUCGAGCUCGUCGUGCUUCUCUCGCAGCGUACGUUCCCCGUUCAGGCAUAA